AACAAUGAACAUUAUUACCGUGUUGACUGUUUCUUUGCUGUUCUGGAUCUGUUAGGAGAAGAGUUUAAUGACAGAUUUAAUGAGGCGAAGUUGCUGAAAUUAGCUAAGCAUUAUCCCGAUGACUUUAAUCACCAAGAUAUGGUGACUCUUGAGCAUGAACUUGGUCUCUACAUAGAUAAUAUACUCCAUGAUACAAGGUUUUCUAGCUUGGACAAAAUAGGUGAUCUAGCUAAACUGAUGGUGGAUACAAGGAAGCACCUCUCCUAUCCUUUGGUAUAUCGGCUUUUGAAGCUAGCUUUGACUCUUCCUGUUGCCACUGCCACUGUUGAGAGGUUUUUCAGCUAUGAAGAUUGUGAAGAAUGCUUUGCGUAACAAAAUUGGUGAUGAUUAUUUGAGCCAUAGCCUAAUUUGCUUUGUGGAAAAGGGACUGCUGGACGAAAUUACUAAUGAAGUGAUUGUUGAUCGUUUUCCAUAAGAUGAAAGAUCGUCGUGGGAAGAACGAAAUGUAAAGAUCCAAUGCCAUACACCUUUUGUGUGUUUACCAUCUCCAUUUGUAUUUUAAUGGCUAAUACUAAUAUGUGUUUUUUCUUCGCAGAUAACGGCAUUUAUAUUAGAAAUGAAUAUUCUCUUUUGCAAAGCAUGAACUGUUGGGAUAUGAAGUCUUUUUGUAGGCUCUGAUCACCUUAGUGUUAACUUGUUGUGUUACUAUUGUCUAUUGGAUAAUGUAUCUUUUUCGAACUUGGAUGAAAUAUGUUAUGACUUGCAAGAAAAUUGCUAAAUAUAGCAUAUUUACAUGUUUAUAAGCCUAUGUGUAAACAUGUUCGAGAGUUUUCUAUCGCUGUGUGCCCCCAGUCGGUUUUUCUCCUGGGUCCGCCCCUGGUGUCAUCUUCUAUCAUUAAUUAUGCAGGGUCCUGUUAAUGUGUCUUACUCCCUCCGUCCGAAAAUACUUGUCAUCAAACUGGAUAAAAGGUGAUGUAUCUAGAUGUAUUUUAGUUCUAAUGGUUCAUGGAGGUCACAUAGACAGACCUAUGGCAAGAGUUGUUUUAGAUAGGCUCCUGAACUACAGUUUGCUGAGCCUCUGCACAUCCUCAAUUUUUCUCUUGGUCUAUUCUACUGUAGCAGUUAGUUUAUUUUCUUUGUAGUCAACUAAAAUCUCUUAUUUUUUCAGGUAUGAGUCUUGGUAAUCUGUACUGUAAUCCUCUAAUGGUUCAUGGAGGUCACAAGAUCACCGCGAGGCAGCGAUGGACACCAACCCAGAUGCAGCUGCAGAUCCUCGAGAGCAUCUUCGACCAAUGUAAUGGAACACCAAGCAAGCAGAAGAUAAAAGACAUCACAGCGGAGCUCUCGCAGCACGGCCAGAUCUUGGAGACCAACGUCUACAACUGGUUCCAGAACAGACGUGCACGCUCGAAGCGGAAGCAGGCAGCUUCUUCUCUACCAAAUAACGCCGAAUCCGAAGCCGAGGGGGAUGAGGAGUCCCUGACCGACAAGAAUCCUAGAUCAGACGGGUCACAGCAGGAGAACAUGGCUGUGAGAGCUCACAACCCUGAGAGGAUCUCAGAGAUGCACCGCCACUUCGACGCAGCAGAGCGUGAGCAGGUCCGUGGUCCGUGGUCCAGCAACGACGCCUCAAGGUCGUAGGGUGGUCUGGUCCAGAUGUCCUUCUAUGAGAAUGUCUAUGUUGAAUCCAAGUAUGUUGAGCAAACACCAUAUCUCAGUAUAACUCCACUGAAAAACCCCACUGAAAGUAUUCUGGAUCAAGAUAGCCCUGCCAAAAGAAAACAAGUUCAAUAUUGUGUUGCAUGGAACAGCAGUAACUAGAUCAUGGUGAGUGCAGUUCUUGCUACAUUGCUAGGUGUAAUAAGACUUACUGGAGUACCCUCAACAACAGUGGAGAUAUGAGCUGGCAAUGUUCCUUCCACAUCCGGAACCGGAGCAAUCCUAUUUCUGUGCAAAAUUCAUUUGAGCCUUGCAGAGAAUCUUCCUGUGCUCGUUUGAUUGCAACGGUUGCUCCAUCAUCUAGAUUUCCUUUAUGGAUUUUCCCAUAACCUCCUUGACCAAUUUCAGCUGAAUCAUUGAAAUUAUUUGUUGCUGUAGCCAUUUCUUCCAACGUGAAAGAUCUCACACCAUCAACCUUGACAGAAAACCUCAACAGUACUGCAAAAUUAUCUACUUCUUUAAGUUGUUGUAGAUUGAAUUUAAUGUCUACUGUAACUUUAAAGUUUACUUUGCUGUAGAGUUGAAACAUAUCAGAUGUUGUCUCUUUAGAACUCGGAUCUAAUGUAUUUGGAUGAGGCUGAUAUAAUAUAUUCACAGUUUAAAUCCAGUUUCCAGUAUUA